GAAUAUCCAUUUCUCCUGAGAUUUUUUUUAAAAAAAACGAGGAGGAGGAGGUGGAUAAGACAGACAGCAAACAGACAUAGAACUUGGUGGAGAACUCCGGCGGCGACAUGGGUGGUUCAAUUUCUGUGUCCGAAAAAUCCAUCCAUGAAUUCACUGUCAAGAAUAGCUCCGGCAAGGAGGUUGACCUUAGCGUUUACCAAGGGAAGGUUCUUCUCGUCGUCAACGUCGCUUCUAAAUGUGGUUUCACGGAAUCCAAUUACACACAGCUUACUGAACUUUACCGGAAAUACAAAGAUCAAGGGUUUGUGAUAUUGGCGUUUCCUUGCAACCAGUUUUUGAACCAAGAGCCUGGUACAAGCCAAGAUGCUCAUGAAUUUGCUUGUACCAGGUUUAAGGCCGAGUACCCUGUCUUCCAAAAGGUGCGUGUAAAUGGACAAAACACAGCACCAAUCUACAAAUUCCUCAAGUCUAAGAAACCAUCAUUCCUUGGAAGCAGGAUCAAAUGGAACUUCACCAAGUUCUUGGUCGGCAAAGAUGGUCAAGUCAUUGAUCGUUAUGGCCCCACUGUUCCACCUCUCUCCAUCGAGAAAGACAUCAAGAAAGCCCUCGGAGACGCAGAAGCGUUUCCAAGUACUUAGCCCUUGAAGAAGAAGAAGAGAGAGGCGAGAGGCUCUUGAAGAAUUCGUCUCUUACUCUUUGAUAUCCACUCAUUUUGUAGUUUCUCUGGUGAUGAUGUACAAGUUUCUUCCAUAUACCUAUUUGGGCCUUAGCAUGAACGAAA